UCACCUGACGAUGACAUGUUAUUUUUUUUUACAGCAAGGGCACUUUGUAGCUCAUGGUUCACUGUAUCUCCGGUGUGUGGUUAAUUUACAGGUGUCAGGGUUGAAUUACAGUCAGUGACGGCAGUUUAUUUAACUCGGGACAGCUACCCAGAAUACUUCGCUUGUUGCCGUCUGGCGAAGGAGGAGUGACUGUGUAGAACUGAGUCAGCUAGCUACGCUUGACAUUCAUGAAGUUGUCGUUACUAUGCGUAUUUAUCGUAUGAAAUAAACCAGAGAGGGAAAGAAAAUAACGGGGGAAGGCGAAAUCUGUUGUUGUCAAUACACCAACAAUGCCUCUCUUCACGACCAACCCGUUUGACCAAGAUGUUGAGAAAGCAACCAGUGAGAUGAACACAGCUGAGGACUGGGGCCUCAUUCUGGACAUAUGUGAUAAGAUAGGACAGUCACGCACUGGGCCUAAAGAAUGUCUCCGCUCUAUAAUGAGAAGAGUGAACCACAAGGAUCCUCACGUGGCCAUGCAGGCACUGACUCUUCUUGGUGCUUGUGUCUCAAACUGUGGGAAGAUAUUCCACUUGGAGGUGUGCUCCAGAGAAUUUGCCAGUGAAGUCAGUAAUGUCUUAAACAAGGGCCAUCCUAAAGUGUGUGAGAAGCUGAAGGCCCUUAUGGUGGAGUGGGCAGAGGACUUCCGCAAUGAUCCACAACUUAGUCUGAUCUCAGCAAUGAUCAAGAAUCUACGUGAGCAGGGUGUCACUUUCCCUGCAGUAGGAUCUCAGGCUGCAGAGCAAGCAAAAGCAAGCCCUGCUUUAGUGGCAAAGGAUCCGUCCACCUCAACAAACAAAAAAGAAGAGGAGGACUUGGCCAAAGCCAUUGAGUUGUCACUGAAAGAGCAACGUCAGCAGCCCCAGACCUCCCUGUCGAGCCUUUACCCGAGCACCUCCAACCUGCUCUCCUCGCACAAGUCGGAUGGCAGAAAAGUCCGCGCCAUCUACGACUUUGAGGCUGCUGAGGACAAUGAGCUUACCUUCAAGUCGGGAGAAAUCAUCACUAUCCUGGACGAUAGUGACCCCAACUGGUGGAAGGGGGAAACAUACCAGGGAGUUGGAUUGUUCCCCUCUAACUUUGUCACGGCUGACCUCACUGCAGAACCUGAGAUGAUGAAGACAGAGAAGAAGACAGUACAGUUCAGUGAGGACAUCCAGGUGGAGACCAUAGAGCCUGAACAAGAGCCUGUAUAUAUAGAUGAGGACAAAAUGGACCAGCUACUGCAGAUGAUCCAGAGUGCAGAUCCCACAGACAACCAGUCAGACAGUGUUGAGUUACUGCAGCUUGAAGGUGCCUGCAAUCAAAUGGGACCCCUCAUUGACCAAAAGUUGGAGGAUAUAGACAGAAAGCACUCAGAGCUGUCAGAGCUGAACGUGAAGGUGAUGGAAGCUCUGUCUUUGUAUGCCAAGUUGAUGAAUGAGGAUCCAGUCUAUGCCAUGUAUGCCAAGCUGCAGAGCCAACAGUACUACAUGCAGCAGCCUGCCAAUGCAGCACAACAGGUCUACCCUGGUCAGCCUGCAUCAGGUUCAUAUGCCAUGAGCGGUACAGCGGUGCAGGGUUACACUGUUCCCAUGGAGCAGCUUCCAGCUGGAACCCCCAUACCUGGACAGCCAGCUCCCGGUGAUGUUCAUAUGUACAUGGGCCAGCCGCCAGUCUACACCGCAGCUCCAGGCAGCAUGGCCCCAGCAGACGUUCAGUCCUAUCAGAACCCGGCCACUGCCCCUGGCCCCGCCCCGGGUACGACUCCCACAGGCAUGACGCAGACGCCAAACUACAGCACCCCCUCUGGCCCGAGCAUAGCACCUUCCUCAGACGCUGCACAGGCCCCCUACUCAGAGAAAGCCUUGCUAUAGGGCCCCCUGUGCUCACUGAUAUCGUCACGCAUAGACACACAGAUGCACCAGUCCUGAUUAAAUAGUGGUCUUAGAUAAUUUCUUUUCAUUGUAUUUUAUGAUUUGUCUCAUCAUGAAACAACAGAUGGAUGGAAAAAUACAAACAGUAGACUAACCGUGACAUGUGACACACACUGUGUCGUUUUAUCUGGCAGAUAUACAGUUAAAUAUACAGUUACACUUCUCACUCCAGGUUUAGAAGUGAUCAAGAGGAUUUGAGCUCACACCAAGCCACACAUGGUCUGAAAAUGGACAGUGUUCAUCUUCAGUUGCACUUAUUUAAUUUUUCAUUUAAGCCUGAUCACUUCCAAAUCUAGAUCUAAGAGCAAUAUAUGCAUUGUCCAUUUUUAUGUAUGAGACCUGACACUUAUUGUUUCCUAGCAGAGACAGGACUAUUGAAAAAUAGUGGUAAUAGUUUUUAUUUUAUGGGUCAGUAUUUUUAAAUAAUUUCUGGGAUAUAACGACAUAAUUUUGUACUAAUAAUAGAAGAAAUGAAAGUUUAGUUGAAUUAGCUGCUGAUUUAUUGGGUAGCUGUUGAGUUAUUUCAGAGGAAUUUCUUUUGCAAAAGGCUCUGUUUAAACCUAAGUAAAAUAAAACCAAUAAUUCUUCAUACUAUAUACAGUAUGUUGAAUUUUGUGCUUAUUUUCAGACAAAUUUCACAUUUCUGCAUGUUCAGCUGAUCAACUCUGUACAUAUUUAGGUUACACUAGCAAUUAUUUUGAGUUAAUCAGUUGUAAGUGUACCAGUUUCUACAGUAAUUUAUCUGUAAUUAGAAAACAAAAUUCCAAAGUUAUUUCCCAGAAACCAGAAGGAAAUUUUUAAGAAACUACAGGCCUGUUAAAUAAAGCAUUACCACACUGCAUUGAUUAAACAAGUGUAACUGUAACAUCACUUCAACCUAACAACAUAAUGCAUAUGCAAUUACUAUUUGAUCAAGUGUGAAAUACACACAGGCAUUCCUUCACACCACCCCCAGUGUGCACACUGGAGCUACACACUACAGGCAGGUGUACAGCAGUUGACACACACGCUAAUACAGUCACAGCACUCGGUUCACACAUCCUCAGCCGUACCUGGUUAUUUACCGUCACUCACACACUAACGUGGAGAUAAAUCCUCAUUCCACAGCCUCCUCACCCACUUAUAGCAACUGCAGUGCUAAUCACAACACAAGAAAGGGGUGUUGGCUUACAUUUACCUUUCUUUCUUUCUUUUUUUGUUUUUAAUAUCAGAAAAAAGGACGUUUAGCGAUGCCGAAAACGUUAGGCUACUACAUUCUGUAUAUGUUGUCCACUUUUAGAAGUACUGAAAACUGAAGCCACUUUGUUUUUUUUUUGGAGGGAAAUGAAACGAGGAAUUGAAGCAUGCACACAACUCUUGUAUAUACUGUACUGAGCUAGUAGUGAAGCCACAUGAUGACCUCAUGUGUGGGGACGUACGUUAGCACAGCUCCGGGUGUUCUCGCUCAGCCUCGAAGGUGAACUCUGCGGUCUUGAUGGUUCGAAUUAAAGGGUGUAAAAGCCAAAGAGAACAAAGUGGGGGAAAAAACACAAGAAAAUCUUUUCUUUUUCCUUUUUCUUUCAGUGAUUCGUCACCUCAUACUGCAGAGUUUUUCUUUUCAAAACAAGCAGUUCUGCGUCCUUAUAGGUGGAUGUAAGACUAGCUCUGUCUCCACUCAGGAGCUGUACUAACAGACUCGUACCACAGACUUGGCUACUAAAGGGGUGAAUUCUCUGACCUGCUCCAGUGUCUUUAAAGCAUCUCUUUAGUCAGUGUUGAAAAAUGAAUACUAUGUUUUUUUGUAGUGCUUUUUAAUUUAUGUUUUGAUUAUUGUUAUGCUAUUUUAAAUGGAGAAGCAGUGCAGGAUGUAUGUAUUCUGCCUAACUUAGUUGUAUAUUUAAAUGGCUCACAUGAGAAUAUGGACAUUUCUCUCUGUGUUUGAUACAUGCUUUAUUGUACUGUAGGGUCAAAUGGUAAUGUGAAAACUGAUCGAAACCCCCACCCACCCCACCCAUAUGCAUUUCAAAGUUGCCCUUUCUCCGACCUGUCUAACACUAAAACAAAUUCUACCUGAAGCAGAACUGAAAUGAUCCUGGACAUGUACAGUCAGGAUUUGUAAACAUCUCUUUACCAAAGUCUCCAUAAGCUAUCAGUUACAGUGCCACUCUGAUCAAAUGUACAAAGUCUACUUCUCAUAACUUUAUAUGGCUAAUUUCUAUGGCUUCUCUAUGUUAAAAGUCUUUGGAAAAGGGUUAGGUUUACAAAAACUGAUUGGAUUGCAAAAUGCUGAUGAAACAGGAAAAUUAUUUAUUUGUUGUUGUAUAAUAUUGAAUGACACUAAAUGAAGGAAUAACAAAGCAGCUUCAGAUCUGUUUAACCAGAUGUUCCAGUUGCAGGGCAAAUUUGUGUCCUUUCAAUUUCUCGAGACACUGUGUUGCAAACGUGCCGCUUCCUUUCAUCCCUGUGCCACCUUAAGAAUAUAAAAACAACCCACAACUUAAGCUUGGUACCUGGGACUUUGCAAACAAGAGGCCAUUUUGUUCUCCAGGACUUGAUUUUUUAGCAUUAAUAUAGUUGAUUCAAAAAUAAGGAAUCUUUCUUUUUUUUGUUUUUGCUGCCUUCAACUAAAUGCUAGAGUGAAAUAGUGUUAAUCUGUUGGAUCAAAGAGGGCCGAAAAUAUCAAAGUAGCUGCUAUUCUGGGACCACGGGACCAGGAGCCAGUUAGUCAUCACACAUCAUCCAAAUGUAACAUCUUGUUGCGCCACAGCGUUGGACUGCAGCUCCAGAUGUAACUUUACUGUACAGGAUUGAGAUGCUGCCUGUUUUUAAGUUUUAAACCGACAUUAUUGUAAAGGUUCUGUCUAAACUUGUACCCUGCUGUUUGUAUGUAUUCUUUUAACCAUACUUAUUAAUUGGUAUUCACAAUAAAACCAGGCCAAAUGUACAGAAUAA